CCCUUUUCUUUUUCUUUUUCCACCCCUUCAACCUCUCCCUUUCUUCUUGAUUGUAUUGUGCGUUCGUCUGCAUCCACCUUUCGAUCGCAAAAUACAUUCCUCUCUUCUUCCUGCCUCUUUGUAACGAAUGCUCUGAAAUCUCUUCAUCUUUUCAUUGACUCUCUUUACUCUCUUUUAAGCAUCUUGGCAUCCCAAUAGCAUACGUCUCUGCAUCACAACACUCCCUUACCCUUUCUUUUCUCCAUCCAAAACGUCGUAAUGUAUUGGCGCUUCGGCCACCAGAAUGCCUCGGUUAUCGACCAUCUCCUUGAGAGCGGAAACGUCUCACUUGAAGAAUUGCUGGAACAGGAUGAUCUGAUCCAGGAAUGCAAGGCACAGAACCCAAGGCUCAUCGAAUAUCUGCGCGACCCAGCGGUUCUUCAACAGCUGCUGAGUUAUAUCAUUAGCGAUGAUCUCGAAGACCGUGCACGGUUCAAGUAUCCGUUCAUUGCCUGCGAGGUGAUUGCAUGCGAGGUCUGGGCCAUCUUCGAGUCGGCGCUGUCGAAUAUUGAUAUGCUGGUCAAGUUCUGGGAGUUCCUGGAUCGACCCCCUCCCCUGAACCCUGUGCAGGCCAGCUACUUUGCCAAAGUGAUCAGUGUCUUUCUUAUGAAGAAGACUUCAGAGAUGUUGGAAUUCAUCAAGUCGCAGCCAGAUGUUGUCUCCAAGCUGCUCCUGCAUAUGUCUACCUCUUCAAUCAUGGACCUUCUCCUUAAGAUUAUCAGCAUGGAGGAAUCGCCAGGGGGCAAAGGAACUGUCGAGUGGUUGAGCGAGCAAGGCUUGAUGCCAUGGCUGGUGGACCGAUUGGACCCCAACCUUGAUGCGGAGGUUCAUUCGGUUGCGUCGCAAGUAUUGCUGGACAUUAUUGCGAUCUCACAGUCUUCGCACCCUGAACAACCCUCUAUCGGGAUGAAUGUGCUGAUUGGUGAACUGAAGAGCGAAGUGAUUGUAGACAAGCUUGUCGGCUUCAUGUUGGACCGCAAUGCUCCCUUCUCAACCUCAACGCUUAUCAAUGGCGUCACCAUUUUUAUCGAAUUGAUCCGAAGAAACAACAGCGACUAUGAUGUCGAGCCUCUUCCGCCAAACUCAACAGAGACUAUUCGGGAGGCCGUGGACCUUAGCGACUUGCUGAAGGUGCUAGCUUCUAGGAUUGAGGACUUCAAGGGUUUGCUCGUUGUGCCAAGAUCAGUGACUGGUCCUAUCGAGACAUCUAUCGGAAAGCAGGUUCCACUAGGAUUUGAACGACUGAAGAUUUGCGAGAUGUUUGCAGAGCUACUUCAUUGCUCCAACAUGGCGGUAUUGAAUUCUCAACCCAUCAUCUCUGUCUCUGCCGAUGGAACCAUUAAAAUUCCCACUGUCUCAGCCGACCAACCGAUCGUGCAGCACUCUCAGACUGUCAAGGAGGAGAUGGAGGCUAUCAAGUCUUCAACCACCGACGGCGAGAAUUCUGUCAAGGAGGAUUUGGAGACUGGAAAGAUCAGAGCUACUGAGAGCACGGAGUCCACCGUAGAGACUUCCAAAGAAUCAAACACAGAUGAUGCCGACGCAUCCAAGGUCGAAUCCGACCCCAUCAAGGCCACGGCUGCCGAUGACAAGGAAUCUGUUGCCGAGCCUGUCAAAGAAAAUGGUGAAGAGCUCAAGGAACCUACAGCGGAUAACAAAGGGGAGGCGAAGUCGAACGACACAGCACAAAGUGAGCAGCCAGCACCAUCAACAGAAGUUAAAAGCGACAUCGCACAGCUGGAGCAGGCAACAUCUUCAUUGGAACUGGACGACCAAGCUACGCCCAGAGCCUCGCCUUCUCCACCAGUUGAGUCAUCUACAACCUCUCCUGUCAACGAUAGUACCGCCGCAACCUCAGGAACCACACCUCAAGGCGAUGUUUCGAUACCCGUGGGCGAUUUCCUGAAGAUGCAGUUUGUCGAUCAUCGCAUCAUCCCCACAUGUUUCGACCUCUUUUUCCAGUUCCCAUGGAACAACUUUCUGCAUACGGUUGUCUAUGACAUGGUCCAUCAAGUGUUCCACCGACCUAUGGGCGAUAUCGGACGUCCUGAUAUCGACGGAACAUAUAUUCCACCAAAGGCUGACCAAGGUGUUACGGAGGGCUGGAAUAGGAGAUUGACAAUUUCGAUCUUCAAGGAUGGACAAUUGACAAAGCGCAUUACUGAUGCUCAGCGCUUGUGCGAUCAUGAGUGUGCUCAGCCCAAAGGCGUUCGUCUCGGAUACAUGGGACAUUUGACGUACAUUGCGGACGAAACUGUCAAGCUGCUGGAACUGUAUUCGCAGACUUCCUUGCUGCCAAUGCUCUACGAGUUCAUCGACCUGGAGGACUGGUGGAACUAUGUCUCUAAGGUGUUGAAGGAGACCAAGGAGCGCGAUGCUCAGGUCCUUGGAGGAAGCCGUCCCAACAUGAUGGAGCCGCAUAAGUCGCUCGAUGAUGUCCAUGAUGACGACUUUCUGGAUGAUCAUGGAGAUGAUUACGGCAGCAACAGCGGCUUCCUAGGCGGAGAGAUUGGUGUGGGCCAUGAAGGCGACGUCGCCAGUGAUCAGAUCACCAACAACCUGCCAGAGAAAUUUGGAUCGUCUGAUGAGGAUGAGGAUGACGAGGAGGGUAACUGGAUUGGCGAAUAUGGCACGGACACGGACUUUGAGAGGCGUCGUGCUGCCGCGGCUGCGGCCGUGUCGAGUCUGGAGGAUCCAUUCGGAAACAGGCACACCGUGGACUUUGACGACAGUGAUGAUGAUGAAGGCGUAGAUGAGGAGACUUGGAACUCACCCUGGCCCAAUACGUUUGGAGAUUCUAAAGUAUCAGAGCUGGGUCCUGCUACACAGUUUAGUGCUACACUGACGGAUUGGUCGGAGGACUUCCAGGAUGGAUUCACAGAGUUCAAGACGGCUGAGGAGGACGGCAAGGACGACUUUGAUUUCCCACCAUUCAGUGUAGACCCCAAGGCCGCCGAAGCGUCAACGUCAACAGCACAUUUGGAUACUCCUGGUCAGAAUGAGGUAGACCCCUUCGGCGACAGUUUCGAGGAGCCAUCAGCAUCAGCAAAGGCAUCAGCGUCAUCGUCAUCGUCAAGUAGUGUUGCUACAGAGUCGACGACAGCGGCAAAUGAGAUUGCAAUGGAGCCUGUGACGCUGACCAACGAUGGUUUCGAGACUGCGAGUGAGACAGCCGAGCAGACCCAGAAGGAGCAGCCUAAAGAAGGUGAUGCAGCUAAGGAAAUGGAACCCGUAUCUUUGGCACCCGUGGUUCACGAUGUGCCCAAGCUCGAGGAGGCAGACACAGCUGAUUCUUCCACUGCAGCAGCAGCAGCAGAUGCGAAGGACCAAGAGCAUGUUGAGAAGAAGGAUUAGGGAUUUAUUUAUUUUUUUAAACUCAUUAGACAAGACGCAUUUUUUUUCUUUUUACUGACGAACCCCGAUCAAAAAUCAAAAUACAACAGCAAGAAACAUACACAGAUGAGGUCGUAUUCGAUUCUAUCUGUGUUUAUUAUUAUGCCUUUUUUUUUUUUUUUUUUU